GGACCGGUCAUUCUGCCGAAAACCACCAAAGAAGCAAUAUGCCUGAGCACUGUGCGGCGUAUUGCUGUCAAAACCGGCGGGCCAUUCAAAACAGGUCUCGUGGGACUACUUUUCACAACAUUUCGUUAGACCACCCGACUGGAGACAGAGAAAUGGAAAAUGUGCAUCUGGCUGUGGAGGAGGAUGAUCUUUAUUCGGGUUACAAUGACUAUAAUCCAACAUUCGACUCUGAGGAGCUGGAGAAUGAUGUGGGCUUCCAGCAAGCAGUGAGGACGAGUCAUGGAAGAAGACCUCCGAUGACUGCCAAGUUUCCAGGCACUGCCAUUGGAGGUCGGCCUUUAGUGUCUUCCAUUGGAUCUCGGAUUCCCAUGGCCUCUUCAAUGGGUAGACCCGUGACUGGAGCUGUACAGGAUGGAAGUGCCCGACCAAUGACUGCUGUCAGAGCAGCAGGUUACACCUCCUCCCUGACCCGUGGUUCCAACUUUGACCCUUUGGGCCAGUCCAAAGGCCCUGCACCUCCACUUGAAGCAAAGAAUGAGGACACGCCUGAGGAGAAGAUCAAGAUCCUGGAGAAGAAAGUGAACGACCUGAUAGAAGAGAGCUGCAUGGCACAGAGCAUGGGAGCCUUACAACUGGCUCUUGAAAAAGCCAAAGAGGCGGGGAGGAAGGAGCGAGCACUGGUGAGACAGAGAGAACAGUCUGGCAAUGUGGACCACAUCAAUUUAGACCUCACCUACUCUGUUUUGCUCAACCUUGCCAACCAGUAUGCAAACAACGAAAUGUACCCAGAGGCCCUGAACAGCUACCAGGUCAUUGUGAAGAACAAGAUGUUCAGUAACGCAGGCCGUUUGAAAGUCAACAUGGCCAACAUCUACGUCAAACAGAAGAACUACCCUAAAGCCAUCAAGUUCUACCGAAUGGCUCUGGAUCAGAUCUCCAAUGCUCACAAGGAGAUGAGGAUCAAAAUCAUGCAGAAUAUCGGCCUGGUCUUCAUCCGCAUGGGCCAGUACUCUGAUGCCAUAACAUCUUUUGAACACAUCAUGAGCGAGAGCCCCAACGUUAAGACAGGCUUCAACCUCAUCCUUUGCUACUAUGCCAUCGGCGAUAGGGAGAGGAUGAAGAAAGCUUUCCAGAAGCUCAUCUCUGUUCCUCUGGGCAUCGAUGAUGAAGACAAGUACAUUCCAACUAAUGAUGACACCACCUCCAAUAUGGUCACUGAGGCUAUUAAGAACGACAAACUUCACCAGAUGGAAAGAGAUUUAAAAGUUCUGGCUGAGAAGUACAUCAUGACUGCAGCCAAGCUCAUCGCACCAGCCAUUGAGACUUCUUUUGCUACUGGAUUUGACUGGUGUGUGGACAUGGUGAAGAGUUCUCAGUACGUUGAGCUUGCCAACGAUCUUGAGAUAAACAAAGCCAUCACCUACCUCAGACAGAAGGACUUCAAUCAGGUUGAGGCAGUGGAAACUCUGAAGACCUUUGAGAAGAAGGACAGCAGAGUGAAGAGUGCUGCAGCAACCAACCUCUCUUUCCUCUAUUUCCUGGAGAAGGACUGUGACCAGGCUGACCGAUAUGCUGACCUGGCCAUGAAUGCAGAUCGCUACAACCCGGCCGCACUCAACAACAAAGGCAACACAGUGUUUGUCAAGCAAGACUAUGAAAAGGCUGCCGAGUUCUACAAAGAAGCACUGAGGAAUGAUUCCUCCUGCACUGAGGCCCUCUACAACUUGGGUCUAACCUAUAAGAGACUGAAUCGUCUGGAGGAGGCUCUGGACUGCUUCUUGAAGCUCCAUGCCAUUCUGAGGAACAGUGCUCAAGUCAUGUACCAGCUGGCAAACCUCUAUGAGCUUUUGGAAGAUCCCCAACAGGCUAUCGAGUGGCUGAUGCAGGUCAUCAGUGUAACUCCCACUGACCCUCAGGCACUGGCCAAACUGGGAGAGCUGCAUGACACUGAGGGGGACAAGUCCCAGGCUUUCCAGCACUACUAUGAGUCCUUCAGGUACUUCCCCUCCAACAUCGAUGUGAUUGAGUGGCUCGGGGUUUACUACAUCGAGACACAGUUCUGUGAGAAGGCCAUUCAGUACUUUGAAAGAGCCACACUCAUACAGCCAACCCAGGUGAAGUGGCAGCUAAUGGUGGCGAGCUGCUACAGAAGAAGUGGUAACUACCAGAGAGCCUUGGAAACGUAUAAAGACAUUCACCGCAAGUUCCCAGAAAAUGUUGAAUGCCUGCGUUUCUUGGUGAGGCUGUGCACAGACAUGGGACUGAAGGAAGUGCAAGACUACGCCACCAAGCUGAAGAAGGUGGAGAAGAUGAAGGAGAUCAGAGAACAGAGGGUUAAGUCGGGGCGGGAGGGCAGUGCCAGAGGUCGCAGAGAAGGCAGAGAGAGCAGCGCCGGGAGUGCUGGCGUCUCCACACCUGUCCUCACCUCUCCUAAGAAGGCCAGCAUCAUGGAGUUGGAUGUUAAAGCAGUGUCUCGACCUGAGUCUAAACAGCUCAGUCCACUGUUGGACUCAGGGAGAGGUAUGUAAGAUUCUCACUCCAAAUGAAUCCCAGUGAAACCUGUAGGUUUGUAGAAUUGUGCUUCUGGCCACUUGGUCAACAAAAACUUUAUAAGACUCAAUAACUUCUCAUUUAUAGCUCUCCAGGGAGGGUUUAAGCAUUUUUGAUACAUUUACAACUCAACAAACUGCUCAAAAUGAAAGUGAGAAUCAGUAUUUACGUUUUACUUCACAACAACUUACACAGUAAGUGUAAUAAUUUGUGAUCAAUCCUCUAAAAAAAGUAGUGAUUUUUAAUUAUAGUUUGCCUGUAAGGAUGUCUGUGUGGUUUGUUAACCAACCAAUCGAUUAGUCCUAUGAGACGGACCUAGAGAUGCACGAGUUUACGUUUACAAGUUUCCCAGAUUGUUGUUCCUGCAAUUCGCUCUCAUGCUCUUUUUUUCCUCAUGUCAUGACCAGAAGGAUAGUUCUGCUUCACCCUCUCAUCAAAGCUGUAAACAACAACCAGAGUGACACAAUGCGGAGGCGGGGACCUUUGCUUGGCAUAUUUGGCGGCCUGGCUGUGUUCCCCUCUCCUGAUUCAAUCUGUGUUGCAGCCUGUCACAGACAGUUCUGUUACGCCAUGUUUAAUUACCCGCCAGCACAAAUUUAUUAACUUUAUUAACUAUUUAAUUCACCCACAUUUGGCUGGUGGGGUGCUAAGUUCCAACCCUCUAAUCUAUCUUCAGCUGUCUGACUCUUCCACUCUAAUGGAGCAACAACGCAUCACCUUGCUCACAGUAUCGCAAUAUAUUAAAUCACACACCCUGUAUCAUGAUAUGUAUUGUUUCGCCCUAAUGAGCAAUUGUACUUAGCCAGUCUGUAUUAAUGAUCAGCUAAAGUCUUCAAUCACGUCAACCUCCCGCAGUUAUUUCAAAGCAAUUUAUUUAUUAUGUAUUUCUACAGGACACGUUAUUCAUUAUCUUGGUUAAUGUGCCAAUGUUAGUCAAAAGUUCAAUUUUAAACUCGUCACUUGGCCGGAAGUUUGAUUAGCCACAUUAGCCAAAUGUUAGAUUUUGUGCUUUAAUUUAUCUUCAAUGUGCCAUGAGAAAUGUUAAAAAAGAUAUAUGUUUAAAAAAAUGAAAGAAAGAAAGAAUCGGACUAAGGUGGCUUUAAACCACAGCAGUAAUUUGAUGGACUUUCCCUUUAAGCCAGCAAGCAAGACUUUAUUUAUAUAGCACUUCACUUAAUGAGCCACAUUCCAAUAGAAAUAUGGAAAAUUGCUCACAGUUUCAUUGGAUUUAUAUCAACUUCUCAAUCUUCGUGUUAUGUUUUAUAAAAGCGCUGCAUCUGCACAACCAUAUUUUGUAAGAAAUUAAUACAAAUCCUUUUUACUGCUUUAUACCAUCUGUGUGAAGUUUUGAGCACUGCGCACUGCCAUAGCAGGAGUGAGUGGUUAGAGCAGCUUUCUGUAGGUAAACACACAAGUCGAGAAACUUAAGUAUGGUGUCUCGGUCAAAACACCUGAAUCCGGUCCAGAAACCUUGGCUGACGGGCGGCUGCGAUGUUGGACUGCGGUCAGUGUUUGCACUGAGGGCGUGGGUGUGAUCACCCAAACCUUUCAGAUAUUUGAGAAAACCUCUGGUGCACCUGAGAGUUUUGCCUCUUCUGUAAGGUGUGCAUAUUUUCAGCACUGUAAAUUUUGUGUUUGUAUGUAUGUCGAUGCUGAGAGUGUGUUUUCUCACACAUCCAAACUUGUGUCAUUCUUUGAUGUAAAACCGGAGCAUUAAAUUAACAAAAAUAGGCCAGGAUUGUAAUACUGAUAUCAUAAAGCCAGUAUGUGUUGUCCUUAUAUUUGACCUUUUUAUGACCUUAUGGUGUUUUAAGUGUUUUACCAAACACGUUUGGGCAGGAAAAGUUGCAGAAGUUGCCUGAAAGGUGACUCAUCAAUAUUGACCCUCACAACCCGUAUCAACCCCCCACAAAAAUAUAAUGGCUAUUCAUGCUGUGGAGAGUAACAAAGCUUUCAACUUUAAUUGUGGAAACUGUAACACACAAUUAAUUUGAAGUCCGGCUUCCAGUCUGACUUGUCAUCCGUCUUUUCUGCGUCUCCCUGUUGUGUAUUACGAAAGAGAAAAGAAAAAAAAAAAGGACAUAGAGAGAAAAAGGUUGAUUUUCCAGCAGAGGUUUCAGUUUUGCCAGCAGUAUGUGAGGCCUCAUGUGAGAUGUUUGGGGCUGAGAAGGAAGAAUAUCAGGCCUCCUUCUCCUUCCUGUUUUCCAACUUUCUGUCUUUGCUCUCGUCAGUUUUCCAAGGCUACCUGGCAGCCAGAUGUGGGCUGCUGCUGUCUGGAAUCAUGUCUGUCCUUCGGCUCAUUAGUCCGCUCUGUCAGCUUGUCAUCUGAGCCUAUACCACACACACACACACACA